GGAAACGAUGACAUUUCAAACAAUUUUAAAUCGAACUUCGAUUUAUUUUGAGCUUAUGAAAUUAAUUUAAUUACAAUGAAAAUAAUCGUCCAUUAAUUUGUUUAUAGUGUACAAGACCUUUGUUAAAUUUCCAAAGAACUACCAGUAACUAUGGGGUUACUGAAUAUAUUGAAGAAAUUACGCUCUAAUCCUGAUAAAGAGUUACGUCUGCUUUUACUUGGGCUGGACAAUGCCGGGAAAACAACCUUGCUCAAGCAACUAGCAUCAGAAGACGUGAACCAUGUAACGCCGACAGCUGGAUUCAACAUAAAAUCUGUGUUGUCCAAUGGCUUCAAACUGAACGUAUGGGAUAUUGGUGGCCAGAGGAAGAUUAGGCCAUAUUGGAGAAACUAUUUUGAGAACACUGAUAUUCUAAUCUAUGUGGUAGACUGUUCAGAUCACCAAAGACUUGAAGAGACAAGCCUAGAGCUCACUGAAUUGCUACAAGACGAGAAAUUGCGAGGAGUCCCGUUGUUGGUUUAUGCUAACAAACAGGAUUUAGCCACUGCUUUGCCUGCAAGUGAGAUAGCACAACAUUUAGGCUUGCAUUUGAUCAGGGAUCGUACAUGGCAAAUUCAGGCAUGUGUAGCUACUGAUGGCACUGGAGUCAAGGAAGGAAUGGAGUGGGUAUGCAAGAAUAUACCUGUUAAGAAAUAGAUUAAUAAUGAUAAUUAUAUGGCUUCUAAUUGAUACAAUUGACAUAUCCAAUGACAUUCAAUAUUUCAUAACAAAGAAUGUAUUACAAUGAUAUUGAUAGUUAUUCAUAGGCACUUACUCUAAACGGGCCACAUUGAUGAAUGCUUAUUAGUAUUGUUAAUAAGUAGGUAUGCAGUCUGCGCUUUUGUUAAGCAAUGUUAUCAUUAUAUAUGCAAACACUUUGACAAAAAUUAAAGAGAUAGGGGCAGUUUUUUCUCUGUUACAAUUAUUCAUAAAUCUAUUUACUGAACAAGACAACAUCAGGCAGGCACAAAUUAAUUAGUGGUGGUAUCUUUAGACACAUCACAAGUCUAUGGUGUAGAGAGUCUAUUGGUCAUUAUGCUUAGAAAUCAGUUGUUAUAAGUUUGUACUUAUGACAGCAAAUCUUGCCUGCUCAUGUUAUUGCAACUUUUGAAAAAUAAUAUGGCAGCAUAAAAAUAAUUCGAAGUUGUUUAAAUCCUUUUUGAGGUCAAAAAUUUUAAGAUUGGUUACUAUUUUACCUGCAUAGGUAUUUAAUUAAUAAAAUUUUCUUUGGUAUUUUAUGAUAUUAUAUUUAAAUAUUGGAUCUUAUUUAGUCGAAACUGUAUGUAUCCGUCCAAUUAAUUGUUAUUUUUUAAAUACGUAUGUUUUGUAUGAUAUUGUUAAAAGAGACAUGUUGAAGGAACAUGUUACAAGCAUAGAGGGUUUCCUUAUGUUAGGUAGGCAUAGUUAUUAUUGAGUUAAUUCUAUAGAACAUUUGCCGAAAUUUUUGCAAUAGUGAAGCUUACGCCUAAAAUAAUAGAACAGUUAAGAGCCUUCAGGAACAUUGGUCGAGACUUUGGACUAGAUAGUCAUUGAUGGAUUAUUGUCGGGACUUGAGUGUUUCCAUCAUCUGACUUCUUAGAAAUGUUGGAAACCUUGGAACAAUCUGAUAACUAUUAUUUUAAGGUAGUUGUAUAAUAUACCUAGUCAUAUAGAUAUUUAUUGAAAAACAAAUGAAUUGUCAAUUUAUUUGCUAAUUAUCGAAACACAUAAUAUAAUGUAUAAUCAUGUUAUUUUAUAAGGCUACGAAUGCGGGCAUUAUUAUAAAAUUAUUUUUAUUUAAAAAAUGUUAUACAAGUAGAAAAACAUUGAUAUACAGUUGCAAAUCUUUGAACUAUUGUGAUAAAAAAUAUUUUUAUCGUAAUUGUAACAAUAUUGUAUUAGCAAAAACAAUAAUAAAUUUAGGUACUUACCCGCAAAUUGAUAUUAAAUAAACGCAUCUAAAGCAUUUUAUUUUAUUGGUCUCCGAAACACACUGAGAAUAACUAAAUGGCUUUAGGGCCGGCCGCUUCUUUUUCCUGGCAACCUUUUUUUAGGUCACAAGUAUAUGCCUGUAGCGCCCCCUUAGAGUUUUUGCCGUCAUCACUACUACUUUGCGCCUCGGGCAACCCCUCGCUCGCCAGUUAAAGGUGCUGCGGGCACUUAGAAGCCUUCAGCACCACGAGUCGGAGCCACCUGAUUCCUGGAUCCUGGAGCGGCCGCACCGUAUACCCUAUGAAUGGUCCGGCCCUGCUUUAGCCCAUAUUAAGUGUUAAUUUGCAGUUUUUGCGUUAUUUAAGAAGCACUGCAUUUUUAAUAUCUGGAUAAUAAUAAUAGUUAAUAAUGAUGUUGAUAAGUUUGCCCGCAUCUACAUGUUAAAAUAUCCUUCCAUUUAUAAAUAAAUCAAUACAUUUACA